AUGGGCUUAGAGGGUGGGGUCGGCAUUGGCCGCAUAAGCAAGCGGCCGCCGCAGCCAUGCUUGGACGCCGAGAAGAAGGCCGCUCAACGCGCGGAGGCAGAGGAUACGGUGGAGAAGGACGCGAAGCCAUGGAUCGCGAGGAAGAAGGUUACAACGCUUGCCAUUUGCCUCGUCGUGUUGCCCGUCCUUGUGACCACGGUUAGCCGGCGGGACGCGACUGCCAUUGUUAUUGGAUACGAGAAGGGACAGGCACUGAUUUCUUCGUUCCCGUGUGCAGAAUCAUCCGAGGCAGACAGGCUUCUCGGCGGCCUGCUCGUCCCGGGGUUCGACGAGCAGUCUUGCCUCAGCCGGUACAAUUCCGCGUUCUACCGCAAGAACGUAACGCGAUCGCCGUCGGCGCAUUUCAUCAAGCGGCUGCGGGAGCAGGAGGCGCGUCAACGGCGGUGCGGCCCGGGCACCGAGGCGUACAGAGCAGCGGCUGGGCGUCUCAAGUCCCGGAACCAUAAGGGCGCCAACACCACGGACGCUUGCAAGUACCUCGUGCUGGUGCCGUACAGGGGUCUAGGGAACAGGGUGCUGGCCGUGGCGUCGGCGUUCCUCUACGCCAUGCUUACCGACCGGGUGCUGCUCCUCGACAGGGCGACCUCGUUGAGUGACCUCUUCUGCGAGCCGUUCUUGGGGACGUCGUGGCUACUGCCGCCGCACUUUCCGAUCAAGAACCUUCAGAAACUGACCGGUGAAGUGCGGGAGAGCUACAGGAACUUGGUGCAGAACGACGGCGCGGCGUUGGUGUCCGGGCUCCGUUACGUCUUCGUGGACCUCGACCAUUCUUGCACCUACCAUGACAAGCUCUUCUACUGCGACGACGAGCGGCAGUUCCUCCACCGCGCGCCGUGGCUGGUGAUGAGAACGGACGGGUACUUCGUGCCGGCGCUUUUCCUGAACCCGGCGUACCAAGAGGAACUCGACCGGAUUUUCCCACGGAAAGACGCGGUGUUCUACCUCUUGGCGCAUUACCUGUUCCACCCGACGAACGAAGUGUGGGGAUUGAUCACGAGGUUCUACAAUUCGUACAUGAGAAAUUCGGAUGAAAACUUGGGCAUCCAAGUUAGGGUGUUCGACGGGGACACUCCGUUCAAGCACAUCUUGGAUCAGAUCCUAGCUUGCACAUCGCAAGAGCAUCUGCUGCCUGAGGUGGUGACGCAGGAACCAUUGCUCACCCCUCCGUCGACGGCUGGCGCGCAAUCAAAAGCCGGGUACGUCGGCCACGGGCUUGGCGGGCUCACGCCGUGGAUCAUGUUCAAGCCCGAGAACCUCACCACUCCCGACCCUCCAUGCCGACGGGCAAAGUCGAUGGAACCGUGCAUGCACGGGCCGCCGUUCUACGACUGUAGGGCGGAGCACGGUGCGGAUACUGGGAAGCUGGUUCCUCAUGUCCGACACUGUGAAGACAUGAGCUGGGGUCUGAAACUUGUCCACCCCGAGUGA